AUGAAACUCACUGUCCACAUGGAGGUCGCAAAGGUCUACAACAUGCUCAGCAACAAACUGUACGAGCACAAGAGAGCGUUCAAUGCUGUCAUCCAGACCAACAAGAGCGAGCACCGGUUAAAGGAGGUAGUCCUCCAAACAGAAAUCAGAAAACUCAAGGACAGGAUCCUCGUGCAAGAUGCGCACAUGACAGUUCUCAACGAUGACCUCACAGGGACACAAGGAGCCAUGCUAGACAUGAGGAAGGAGAUGAUGGAGAUUAAGGCAGCAAACGCCAAGCUGUGGCAUGAGCUAGCUUCGCUCAAAGCAAGCGGCGUCACAGCGACACAAGGUUACACAUCCGGCAAAGGAAGUCUGGAGGAUUGGCUCCAACAACUCGGCAUAUGGAUGCAGUGGAACGAGAUAAAUGAUGACGAGCACAAAAUUACCAUGGCCCUACUGCACUUGGAAGGUGGCGUGUUCACCUACAUGUCCGAAUACGCAACCAAGGCAGUCAACUACAGGACACUCGACCCGAACAAGGAUGCGCAGCAACACUUGAAGGAGAUCUGCACAAAGACCUACCCCACUAUGGUCUCCUUCACAGAAAAGUUCCAUCAAUGGGCCACCAAGACCAACUUGGGGCACACUGCACUCAUCGGUUAUAUCGCUGAACAUCGUGACAAGAACAUGCGCCAAGCAAUGGUGAUAUGGGACAGUCUAGGAAUCGCAGAUCCGACCACAUGGCCGGAGUACCUCAACCUCUGUCUCCAACUUGAGUCCAAGUUCAGAGCUGACAAGGCAGGACAGCGUGGAACGGUAACAUCAUCACAGACACCACGGGCCCCGAAAGACCCCAACGCAAUGGUUGUGGAUUAA